UUGACGGCCAUCGCGGGCCGGCCGUGCGGGGUCCGGGAGAGCGGGGCCAGAUGGAUAAGCGAGCCCGAGCGACGAAGCCCACUGUGAGCCAGGCUGCUCAGCAGUCUCCAGCCACCCCGAGAAAGGACCGGGACCGGAGGCCUAGCAUGUUCGAGAAGGAGUCAUAUGCACAGAUCUUAAGAGAAAGGCUGAGAGACUCUUUUCACGAUGUUCAAUAUGUGGAGCCUCCAUUUGAUGACUCGAUUGCUGACAUAGGUAAAGAAUGGAAGAGUGCCCUGGCAAAACUCAAGUUUUCUAAUUCAUAUAGAAUGGAGCCAACGAAGAAAUUUCAAGCUCAUUCAGUUGAAAUCAAAAUCCAACAAAUACUAAUGGAAACUCUUAAAGAUGUCAAAUAUGAUAAUAAGGCCUUCUCACAUUUAUCACUUGAAUUGGCAGACCAAAUAUUGUUAGCAGUCAAAGAAUUUGGUUUCCACCGUUACAAGUUCAUUAUAAAAGUGUUAUUUAUUCAAAAGACUGGUCAAGCAAUAAACAUCGCCAGCAGGUGGAUCUGGGAUGUUGCGUGGGACAGCUGGGUAGAAGCUAAACAUGAAACAGAAACGUACGUGGCACUGGCAUUGGUAUUUGCUCUUUAUUGUGAAUAGCUCCUUACACAUAUCAAGUGUUCACAUCCCGACUUUUAAAAAAUAAAGCAUAUUAAUAGA